AUGUUUAUUUACUUAAGUAAAAAAAUUGCUAUACCAAAUAACACAAAAUUAAAUUGCCUAGCUUGGAACAAAGAACAAGGCUAUAUAGCAGUCGGAGGAAGUGAUGGCCUCUUAAAAAUUUUAAAACUUGAUUCUGGAAAUGAUAAUAAAAUGAAAGGCUUGGCAGCACCAUCAAAUUUGUCUAUGAAUCAAACUCUUGAGGGUCAUAGCGGAGAAGUUCAAGUUAUAGUCUGGAAUGAAAUAUAUCAAAAAUUAACUACAAGUGAUCAGUAUGGUUUAAUAAUUGUUUGGAUGUUGUAUAAAGGUUCUUGGUAUGAGGAAAUGAUCAAUAAUAGAAAUAAAUCUGUAGUGAAAGGAAUGUCUUGGAGCAGUGAUGGGCAAAAAAUUUGCAUAACUUAUGAAGAUGGUGCUGUUAUAGUUGGGAGCGUUGAUGGAAAUCGAAUUUGGGGAAAAGAAAUUAAGGGAGCUAAAUUAAGUGCUGUUCAAUGGGCACCACAUGUAAAACUAAACAUUCAUUUAAGUCCUGUAGUAGCAUCUAGAACUAAAACAAUAGUUGGUUUGGAUUGGUAUGAUGGCAAGCAAGGGUUGAUCGAUGAACAUUGUCCAGUGUUAGCUCUAUGUUAUCACAGUGGACACAUGCAAUUAAUGAAAAAUGAAUAUGAUGAAAAUCCAGUGGUUAUUGAUACUAAUAUGAAAGCUGUUUGUUGUAAAUGGAAUCACAAUGGAACUGUCAUAGCUGUUGUCGGAACAAUGAUUCUCCCAAAUGAGCAUAAAGAAAACAAUGUUAUUCAAUUUUUUAAUCCCUACGGAGAACACAUAAGAACACUCAAAGUGCCUGGUGAGAAUGUAACAAGUUGCGAAUGGGAAGGUAAUUCACUCAGAGUGGCCCUAUCAGUAGAUUCCCAUAUAUAUUUUGCCAACAUCAGGCCUGAUUAUAAAUGGACGAGCCUUAAUAAUGGAAGGAUUAUUGUCUAUUCAUAUAACAGCCUUAAUCAACAAGGAACUUGCAUAUGUUUUUGGGAUACAAAAAAAGGAGAAACACACAUCAAACAUUUUUCCGGUUUGCUGGGCAUUACUGGUUAUUCAAUGUAUUGUGUUGCUGCAUUUCGCACAGAUGAUCCGAAAAUAUUUAAAAUCAUGUUAUUUAAUUCGAUUGCUACAUUAAUUGAUACAAAAGAUAUAGAAAUAGAACCUCUUUGGUUAGCCAUAAACUCAUCUGCAGUUUUUAUUGCUUCAAAAAAUAACUUUGCCAUUUGGAGUUUCAAAGCUCAUGAAGUUCAUUCAUCCGUUAAUUUAGUUCAUAAAAAAAUUAAAAUAUAUCACAUAGAUGACAUACCCUGUGGUGUAGCAGACGUCAUUCAAGACUUGGACGUAAAUUAUGAGCCUGUUAAAGAUACGUUUGCCACAUCCGAUCCCAUCUGCUGUAUCACGGCAUCGGACAAAAUUCUGUUGAUAGCUAGAGAAUCUGGAGUUAUACAACAUUAUACACUUCCUCAUAUCGCCCUUACAUUGAGAUACAGCGUUCAUAAUAGACUCUAUUCCAUGUUUAUCAAUUGUGAUUCUACCAAAUGUGCUCUUAUAGAUGUUUCCGGAAUCUUAACUUUUCGCAAUAUUGAAGAAUCAAAUGAAUUUACAUUAAAAAGUCACACAGUAACCAAUCAAAAUCCAACAACUGAAAGAAAAGACGUGUGGGCUUUGUGCUGGGCUAGCGACAAUCCAAGCUUGUUGGCUACAAUGGAAAAAACUCGUAUGUAUAUUUUAAGAAAUGACGAACCGGAGGAACCCAUUAUUAGCGCAGGUUACAUAUGUUCAUUUAAGGAUUUAGAAAUUCGAGGAGUUUUGCUUGACGAAAUCAUGAAAAAUCCAGAACAACCCAGUCCGGAACACAUUCUCGAUUUAGAAGUGAAAUCUUUAAGAGAUACGAGGGAACUUUUAGAUAAAGUUGGCAUAACGGAAGCACCUGCAUUUAUCGAAGACAAUUCUCAUCCAAUUUUGUGGAAAUUGUUAGCUGAAUCCGCACUCAAAAAAAUGGAUUUAACAAUAGCUGAAUCAGCAUUUGUAAGAUUUUCAGAUAUUCAAGGACUUCAAUUUGUCAAGAGACUUCAAAAUAUUCACAGUGAAAGUUUACGAAAAGCCGAAAUAGCAUCUUACCUGGGAAAUUUCGACGAAGCAGAAAAAAUUUACCUUGAAAUCGAUAGAGCUGAUUUGGCCGUUCAAUUGCGAGAAAGGUUGGGCGAUUGGUUUCGUGUUGCUCAACUCAUGAAAAUAGGAGUCGCAGGGUCGGAUAUUCAAUACGAAAAAACUUACAAUUCGAUUGGAGAUUAUUUUGUUGAUCGACAAAAUUGGAAAAGCGCUCAAGAAUAUUAUGAAAAAUCAAGAAAUUUCGAAAAGGAAGCUAUGUGCGCUUAUAUGCUCGAAGAUUGGGAAAGUUUAAAAGCUAUUUCCAGAAAGCUUAACGAAAAACACCCAUUUCUCGUUAAGUUAGGAACCAUGUUGGCAAAUGUUGGUAUUUGUAAAGAGGCGGUAGAUGUUUUUGUAAAAGCGGGCGAAAUCAAAAAAGCUGUUGAUUGUUGCAUCACUCUAUCUCAAUGGUCGGAAGCCAUAAGGUUAGCAGUAAAACAUCAGUAUCCAGGUGUCAGUAAAUUACUAGCGUCUAGUGCAAAACAACUUAUCGAGUCUGGAAAAAUUUUAGAAGCCAUUGAUUUUCUUUCCAAAGCUCAACAAUACAUAGAAGCUGCUAAACUAAUGUUUAUGGUUGCUGACGAUGAAGCAAAAAAAACAAAAGAUUUAGUGUACAUAAAAAAACUUUACGUUUUAGCCGCUUUGAUUCUCGAGGAAAAACAAAAAACUAAAAUAGGUGAAUUGUCAACGAUUUUAGAAGGGGAAACUACGACCGAUUUGCUCGAGCCCUGGAGAAAAGCAGAAGCCUACCAUUUUUUAAUUUUAGCCGAAAAGCAACUGCAGCAAGGAUACAUAGAUUCGGCGAUGAGAACGUCGUUAAUUUUAAACAAUUACGAAGACAUUCUCGAUCCAGAAGAAAUUUAUUGCCUUCAAGCCAUCACUUCGGCUGGCACGCAUUAUUUUGCAAUUUGUUCAAAGUCUCUGUCAAGGCUUGAGGCUCUUCCCGACUUACCCGAGGAUAAAAAAACGGAAUAUGAAGCCCUUGCACUCGACCUAUUUUCUAGAAAUUGCCCUCGCGAUCCGAAAGAAAAUCUAGUAGAAUGUUCAAUUUGUUUAACUCUUAUUUCUAGUUUAUUCGACACUUGUCCAAAUUGCAAAACUAAAUUUCCCGUUUGUGUGAUAACAGGAAUUCCAAUAUUAAAUGAUUCUAAUAUUUGGACUUGCACAACUUGUCAUCAUAAAGCUGUCGCACAUGAUGCAGCCAUAAGAAAAACUUGUGCGCUUUGUCACGCAUCUACGUAA